CACACCGAAUAUUUGUAUUUCUAAUAUUCGGCUGAUUUUUUUUAGUAUAUUAUUUUCCCAUGAAGGCAUCAGGUGCUCAUCAUAAAUUAUAAAUUUGCAUUUAAUCAUGUGAAAAUAGUUUUGCAAUACGAAAACCAAACUGCCAACGCUGCGAAACAUGUGCUUAUCAAGAAGUUACUAACGAUCAGCGGGGCCUUGGCCUCUACGCAUCUCCUGAGGUAGUCCAGUGCGGGCAGUCUAAGUGAACGGUCCAUUUGAAUGGCCUAUAGCAUUGCGCUCAAGCAUUUUCUAUUGCUGAAAUUAAUUACGACUGACUCAUAAACGAAAAGAAAAUAAAAACUGGUGGCAAACCUCGGCCCUCGGAUACCGGUCUCAGCCUUUGUGUGUCUCUGCGGAAGGUUUGGUACUUUCUAUCGGCCCACCAUUUGCGGGAUGCGUCGGUUGUGUCGCCGUUUGAAGUGACUUGAGUGAGUGAUCGAAGCGGCAAGAUUGGCGCGUGUGCUCAAAAACUCGCGCGGUUCAGAGAGAAAGGUGAACUGCUAUCGGGGUCAGGUACCAAAAAGUUAUGGCGUUGCGAAGAAUAACCAACGUGCGCUGGCGACAACCGUUAAUGAUGGGAACUGGUCACGCUGCAUUCAGGAGGUUUUUGCCAUUAACCACUGUUGGGAAUUUUGGCGGCAGGCGACAUGUUACGUCUAGCACGACAGCUGGGGAAAAGCUAGCCUCCGCAACCAAGGCUGUUCAGAAACACGACUGGAAUCGGGCAGUUAGUGAGGCGGAGAAAAUUGUGGGUUAUCCGACAUCCUUCCUCAGCUUGCGGUGGCUACUAAGUGAUGAGAUCGCCAACGUAGCGCUUCAUUUGAGAAAACUGGUCGGAAGUAAUCAUCCCCUCCUGAGGACAGCCAAAACGCUAAUCCACAACGACAAAAACCAGCAAGCAUGGGGACUAAUCGUGCUGCUGGUGUCCAAAGCGGCCGGCCAUGCGGAGUCCAUUCCGGAAAUGGAACAGGACAAAAGUGCCGGUGUUCUGCACGCGCAGCGAGCCCUGGCUGAGGUAACGGAGAUGAUCCGCACUUCACAUCUGAUCCAUCAGGGUAUGAUGAAUUUGCAAUCGAUGGACAAUGCGGGAAACAAUCUGAGCGGUGAUAGCGAAAUGAUUUUCGGCAACAAGAUGGCUCUGCUUGGUGGGGACUAUCUGCUUGCCAAUGCAUGUCAGCAGAUUGCUGCCUUUAGGAAUCAAGACCUAAACAUGCUUAUCUCAUCCGCAUUCAGAGAUUUGGCUGAAUCAAACUUCAUCGGCGAUCGUGAUGAGCAAAAUAAUCCCCUCCCGUCUAAGCCGGCAUCAAGCGUGCCUGGAAAUCCAUCUCCGGACUGCUCCUUAGAUGAGCUAGGUUUCGGUGACCUUGAAGAUAAUACAAAACCAAUGAGUAUGGAAAUGGUUUUCGGAAAUCCCGAAAGGGAAUGGUCCUUGCGACACGUGCUAGGCGGAGGCAGCUUGCUAGGAAAAAGCUGUCAGGGAACGCUGAUGCUGGCGAGGCAACCGGAGGAACUACAAAAGCAAGGGUACUUAUUCGGACGGCACCUAUCUCUAGCGUGGCAGGCAUGCAUCGACUUGCAGCCGUUUCUCCAUAGCACCUUACCUCAUGGUGCGCAAUUCAGUCUAGUGUCGGCACCGGUGCUGUUCCACUUGGAGCAUGACCCCAGCAUAUAUGCGGAAAUCGAAAAAGGACGUACUUCAGUCGACGCAAUCGACUAUCACCACCUGCACCAGGCCAUCUGUACCGGCCCAGGGUUAGAAAGGACGAAUCACCUGAUGAGAAAACAUAGUCGUGCGGCAAUGCAAGUGUUGGAUCGGUUGUCAGCCUCCGAUGCACGAACGGCCCUGCAGAACAUCAUUCUGGCCAUGCAGGAGCUGUAACGUAAAGCUUGCAGAUGUUUACUCCAAUAAAGAGAUGUCGCUGCGAGAGUCGAAACGAUGUUACGCUAUCGUACCACAGUGUAGUUGUGUACGUGAGCGAGUCUAAACGAACGGUAGCGUGUGUAAAAAUCUGUUCGUAAAA